GUUAUUCCCAGAGUAAUUCCAUUCUAUAGGAACUUCGACUAGAGUCUGUUUUACAACAAGAAAUUUCAUCAGACUUGGCAACAUCAGCUCCCAGCUGUAUCUCUGGUCACGUGGUCUCACAGUUAUAGCAGCACUAACUCCUGGGUCAGCGUAUACAGAUUGACCUUAGAGAGACCUGGGACUUCACAAGCCCUGCUCCAAGACGGCUCUUCCAUUUCUUGUCACGCCUCCCUAUCAUUACAUCCCUAAACAACGUAUGAAUAAAAUUACCUCCUUGCAACAUGAGCUAUUCAUAAAUGUCUGUUCUUUGGUUUUCGUAAUCGUGUAACAGACUUUGAAGAAAAGACACGAGUGAGGAUAUUUUAAGACAACAUGGGCGACGGAACGCGUCAAAUAAACGACACGGUUCAUCCGUUGAGUUUAAUAUUUUUAAACUUUUCCAACGAGACCACGGCGAAAAUUCUCAGCCAGGAUGAGUUCCCAACCAACGCUGUACCUGAACAUAGAGUGGCUGGUUUAACGGAGAUCGUCAUCUUCACUGUCAUCUUUUUCAUCAUCGGUGCUGUGGGGAUCGUCGGCAACUUCCUGGUCAUCUACGCCAUUGUGUGUGACCGGAAGAUGAGGUCAUCGGUUACCAACCUGCUCAUCACAAACCUAGCACUGGCUGACCUGAUUAUCAUGAUAUUCGGGAUUCCAGAGAUCAUCCAAUUCAUGUUAAACCGAGGUUGGAUCCUGGAGUCUCUGCUGUGUAAGGCGAACCGCUUCAUCCUGGUGGUCUCGCUGUAUGCCUCCGUCAUGACCCUCGUAUCCAUUUGUAUUGAAAGAUAUAUCGGUAUCGUCCACCCCAUCAAGGCCCACAUCCUGUGUAGCAGGGCCCGUGUGGCUGUGGUGGUGGCGUGUAUCUGGCCCCUCUCUCUGGCCGCGGGGACGCCGACGCUGCUCUUUAAUGAGAUGGAGGAGGGGAGCAGGGGAACGAAGGUGAAAUUAUGCCACAUCAGGUUCCCCAGAAAGCCGUUUGACUACUUUCUUGUGUUCAAGUAUAUCGAGUUCGUCAUCUUCUAUGUGGUGCCACUCAUUAUACAGAUCACGUUGUAUGCCAAGGUCUCAACACAGCUGUUUAAUGCUUCAGACAAGUUGCGUAGAGAACGUGCCAGCGAUGCGCUGCUGGCGCGCAAAGGUGUUGUGAAGAUGUUGAUGAUGAGUGUGGUGGUGUAUUUCCUGAGCUACUCCCCUCAACACGUCUUGCUCGUCUACCGUUCAUUCAAGCAUAACGACUUCCAUGAUAUGUGGACGUUAAAUGUUCUAGUCAGCGUUAUCGCCUACAUGAACUCCGCGGCCAACCCAAUCCUGUACUCCAUCUUCAGCCAGAACUUCAGGACCAACUUCCGGAAUGUUCUGUGUCUGGUCCACCGUCAGCUGCCCACCCCGGACCCCAGGCGACAGUCCACACUCAGCACCAGCACCAAGUUCGCCAGGAUGACCAGUCUGGUACCAUCAGCUAACUCGGAACUGUAGGUCACUGUGGUCAGUUUGGACAGGAUGGUUAGCCUCAAGU